CCCCGCCUCCCCCACAUCUAUCGUAGGCGCGGCGGGGGGAAUCGUUAGCGUCCCCACCCCCGUAUGUAAAUAAGGGAGGCCGUGGCGGGCUUUUGGGCGGGACGACGUUGUUCUGUCCCUGGCUACCGCGGCGCCGGCGCAGUAGGAGUUGGGCUCGCGCAGGAGGUCGCUCGCGGCCGCCACGACCCGCGCUGAAGGGCAGGCGCAGCACGUGUUUCUGCUAUGGAGUUUGAGGAGCUGGGGAUCCGGGAGGAGUGCGGCGUGUUCGGCUGCAUCGCCUCCGGCUCGUGGCCCACGGAGCUCGAUGUGCCCCAUGUGAUCAUGCUAGGGCUGGUGGGGCUACAGCACAGGGGCCAAGAAAGUGGUGGAAUUGUGACAAGUGAUGGAGACUCAGCCCAAACAUUCAAAGUGCACAAGGGAAUGGGUCUUAUUAAUCAUGUGUUCAGUGAAGACAGUCUGAAGAAGCUGUAUGUUUCAAAUCUCGGAAUUGGCCACACUAGGUAUUCCACGUCAGGAAUCUCUGAAUUAGAGAACUGCCAACCUUUCGUUGUAGAAACUCUUCAUGGGAAGAUUGCUGUGGCGCACAAUGGUGAAUUAAUAAAUGCUAAACAACUCAGAAGAAAGCUGAUGAGACAUGGUGUGGGACUAUCGACCAGUUCUGACAGCGAGUUGAUCACCCAGCUGCUGGCAUUCACACCUCCACUAGAGAAUGAUGAUACCCCAGACUGGGUGGCAAGAAUCAAAAAUUUAAUGAAUGAAACCCCUACUUCAUAUUCACUACUAAUGAUGCAUAAAGACAUAAUCUAUGCAGUACGUGAUCCCUAUGGGAAUCGUCCACUUUGCAUUGGUCGUCUCAUUUCAGUAGGCAGUAUGAGUGGAAAAGGGAAGAAAAACAGUGAAACAGAAGGAUGGGUGGUCUCCUCUGAAUCCUGCAGCUUUUUAUCUAUUGGUGCACAGUAUUAUCGUGAAGUCCUCCCCGGGGAGAUUGUGAAGAUAUCCAGAUAUGAUGUCCAAACACUGGAUGUUGUGCCAAGACCUGAAGGAGAUCCAUCAGCAUUUUGUAUCUUUGAAUAUGUUUAUUUUGCAAGGCCCGACAGCAUUUUUGAAGGUCAAAUGGUGUAUUCAGUCAGGAGAAGAUGCGGUCAGCAACUUGCUGUUGAAGCACCGGUGGAAGCAGACUUGGUUAGCACGGUACCAGAAUCUGCAACACCAGCAGCACUAGGUUAUGCACAAAAGUGUGGGCUGCCAUAUGUUGAAGUACUUUGUAAAAAUCGAUAUGUAGGAAGAACUUUUAUUCAACCAAACAUGCGGUUAAGACAGCUAGGAGUGGCAAAAAAAUUUGGAGUCCUAUCUGACAACUUUAAAGGCAAAAGAAUUGUGCUAAUCGAUGAUUCUAUUGUGCGGGGCAAUACCAUCUCUCCCAUAAUAAAGCUGCUCAGGGAAUCUGGUGCUAAGGAGGUGCACAUCCGUGUGGCUUCACCUCCCAUAAAAUUUCCUUGUUACAUGGGAAUAAAUAUUCCAACAAAAGAAGAACUCAUUGCCAACAAACCUGAAUUUCAUGACCUUGCAAAAUACAUAGGAGCGGACAGUGUGGUUUAUCUUUCUGUGGAAGGGUUGGUAUCCUCUGUACAAGAAAGUAUCAAAGCAAGGCAAGAAAAUCAAAACAGCCUUAAAACCAAUAAGUCUUGUGUUAGAAAGAUUGGCCACUGUACAGCAUGUCUUACUGGGGAAUACCCAGUAGAGCUCGACUGGUGACUUUAAUGCCCAAGUACCAUUGCUGAAUGUAGUUUUUUUGAAUUGAGAAGUAUGUUGUACUUAACAGUGCAUAGCAUCUUCUUAUAUUUAGCAAGCCACUUAAAGCUAGUGAUGUCUAAUUGCUGUUCCAAAAAUGUCUCUGCAGACUUUCUAUAAAGUUUAUGAUGAUGAAAAUCAUAUAAUGUAAGUACUUGGAUAAAUAAAAUAAAAAUCAUGGACAAUCGUG